CCCCUCUGGUUGCUUUCUUGAUUAUUUUCCAUCUUAAACUGUCAAGAUGGCAUGCCCCCUGGGCCAAGCUCUUGCCCUCCUGGUUACUGUUUUUCACAAGAAUGCAAGCAGAGAAGGUGACAGGAACAGCCUGAACAAGAAAGAGUUGGAGAAACUGAUCCAGAAGGAGUUGACCAUUGGACCACACUUGAGUGAUGCUGGGAUUCAAGGACUGAUGUCUGAUCUGGAUCACGAUGGAAACCAGGAGGUGAACUUCCAGGAAUAUGUGACCUUCCUUGGUGCCAUGGCAAUAAUUUACAAUGAGGCACUGAUGGGCUAAUCAUAGAUGAGCCCAGCUAGAUCAAGGCAACCUAGCCUUGAGAAACAGGCAGUGCCUC